AUGAAGACUGCCAUUCGUUUGAGUACAACAACAAGCGAAACGUCUGCUCCUGCUGUGGUUAGCACUAGCGUGAGCUCAAGUGUCUCGUCUGAAACAUCACAAUCAUCACCAGUUACUACAUCAACUGAAGAUGUUCAGCAGGAGAAGUACACAGUUACAACUCAUACUGUGGAGACAGAUUUAUCCUACUCUUACAGCUACCAAGCCGGUGGCUCAUCAACUGACUGCUUUACCACUGUUAAAACUGUCUCAGACGAUGGACUAUCGCUGGUCUCUACAUCUUGGUAUGAACAAAUCGAUGAUCCGUCAACUGGGAAAACAACAUACAAGCUUUACCUUUUCGUCAACUUCACGGAAGAUUAUGAUGACGUUACAGAUAUUCAGUUCUUCACGGAUGCUAAGGAACAAUAUGGCUCAGUAGCCCAAUUCUUAGAGCCAUCUGAUUUCUACGUAAAUUUGAAACAGGGUGCUUAUGUUGUUGCUACUGCUUCAAAAAACACCAUAGGUGCUAGCACUGGUGUGGUUAUGGUUGAAAAGGCUGGAAAGAAAUAUAUCUUGUCGUAUUCUUGUUCUACCACAAGACUUACUUUGACUGUUAUCAUCUUCCCUGAUGGUUUCAAAUAUGACAAGUGUCUUGCAAUUGCUGGUGGUUAUAUGUACGAGAGUCAAUGUGUACAUCAGCAAUCAGUGAAUACUUUGGUGGAGUUCAGGCCGAAGAAACCUACUUCUUCAUCCUCUGAUUUGAGCGGGUCAUCACAUUCUGUUGAAGCUUCAAGUGUUUCUGAAUCAGUGGGAUCUUCAUCAGUGGGAUCUUCAUCAGUGGAGUCUUCAUCAGUGGAGUCUUCAUCAGUGGAGUCUUCAUCAGUGGAGUCUUCAUCAGUGGAAUUGUCUUCGAGAGAAUCGUCUUCCAUAGAAUCUUCGUCAAUGGAAUCAUCUUCCAGGGAAUCCUCAUCAAUGGAAUCUUCUUCCGUGGAACCUUCAUCAAUGGAACCUUCAUCAAUGGAAUCCUCAUCCGUGGAACCUUCAUCCAUGGAAUCAUUAGCUUCAACUUACUCCACCUCUUUGUCUUCAAUGGAUCAAACUUUCACCAUGUCAUCUUCUGAAUCCUCGGAUUCUACUGAAACUGAAAUGUCAAGUUCAUCUACUGAAAUCUCUACCAGCUCUUCCAGCUCUAUCUCAACCAAUGCCCCAUUACUUACUGGCUCGUAUGAAGAUGGUGCUAUCUCAUGGACGUUAGAAAUUCCAGGUUCUCUCGGACCUUGGGAAUCUGUCGAAAUUACAUUCUCAAAGGACAAGGUAAACAACAAUGGCUUUUCAUACACUACAAGUAAGGCCUUCAUUGAUAAAGAUUCUACAAUCCCAGCUGAUUUCACCAGUACCUCAGAAUCUGUUUAUAGCAAAUUAUCAGACGCAAUUCCUCUGGACAGCGUUCUUUCUCUCAAAGUGAAUGGUGGUCCUGUUGAUGGUAAUGCGUGGACUUCGUUUGUUCAUAUUGUUAUCACCACAGACGAGGGACAGAGGCUUGUGAAAAGAGCACAACAAACUUGGGACUUGGCUUAUACAAUAACAGACCUGGAGAAUAGCUCUUCUUUUCCAUCCUCAGAUAUAUCAUCAUCUGAUAUUUUCUCAUCAGAUGUAUACCCAACCGACUCUGUGACUUCUUCAUCUGAUUUCCUCACUUCUGAAAGCCAAAUUGCUUCAUCUCUAUUUACCUCCUCAAUGAUUGCCCCAUAUGCCAAUGUCACUACAACCUCUAUAAGUACAAUUGAGAACGUCUCUUCCACGGUUGUUACUGUGACUUCUUGUCUUGAAGAUUCUUGUGUUACUAGAGAGGUUAUUACUGGUGUUACGGUUGUUACGGCUGAGGAAAAUGGCACUGUCAAGCUCUACACAACAUAUUGUCCACUAACUACUGAGACUGAGAUCGAGAGACAUGUGAGUACCACUAUUAUUAUUGUAGAGUCUUGUGAAGAUAAUGUUUGCACUGAGGCUCCAGUAACUGCCGGCUGGUCUGUUGUCACCACUACUACCAGUGCUAUGACAACUUCAUACACCACUUACUUCCCAAUAGCAACUGAAGGUCCAACUGGAACUAUUGCAGUUACGGAAACAGAAUAUAUGACGAAUAUUCACAAUCAGGAAACUCUGGAAGUUACGAGAGGAGACGAUGCAUCCUUUGAUGAACACCAUGAAUCAGCUGGUUCCAAAGUAAGCUAUGAAACUCCCACAGUUCAACACAGUACAGCAAUUGAGAUGUAUUCACAGGGUACUGCUGACCAUACUAUUAUCAAUACUGAACCAAAUGGUGUGCAUAAAACAUCCAAGAUGAUCGAAACUGCUACUGAUAUUGUUACUCAGACUACGGCAGUAACUUCAAUCGUUACAAAGAAACCAGCAGCUCCAACUUGUACACCAAAACCACAAGUUACUCUCUCCAUGAAUGAAUCUGGGGGAUCUCCAGCUCUUACUGGCACUGCUCCAGCUAAAAGUUCGAUUGUUGAGGAACAGGGGCCUGAGUUAUCAAAAACUAGAGAUAUCACCACUGUUUCAGUUUCUACUUUUGAAGGUGUUGCAGAACGAAUUUCUAAUUCUUUAUUCACUGUUUUGCUUCUAGCACUUGUGACUUUCUAGCUCGAUUAGCCUCUGUGCUAUGCUUUCAAGAAAUCGCAAAAGAUUCGUUGAAUUCGACUGAUCUGUUACCAAUUGGCUCUUUCUCGUUUAUGUCCUUGUUUCCAUAUUGAUACGUGGCCAUCAUUUAUCUCUGAUUUUGGAGGUAAAUUUCACCACUCUCCACUAGUUCUUAGCUUAUGUAUACCCACGGCAAUCUGGAAUUCACAGGUUGCCUUGACGAACACAGGGUUUCGUGUGUUAUUAGCUUCUUAUGUAGUCAAUGAUAAACAACAGAAUAUUAUAGCCUUUCCCUGCAGAGAACAUCAGCACUGUUUCUUUUGUGAAUGGCACACGAAUCAGUUGGCUAUCAAACACAGCGAGGGCCAUGUCCACCAAUUCAUUGACUACAAUUGUUACGCUUAGACAUUUCAAAUGGACAAG